CAACCCCGCCCCUGGGUUAUUCCCCCAUGACGUCACUGGAGAUAAUCACGGAAGUGAAGUGAGCGACGAAACAAGACUCAAAUAAGUUGGUGUGUGCGCUCGACUCGUAUUUACAGGCUGUCCGUCAUCAUGCUGGGAGGAGGUUUCAAAUCAGAGAGGCUGAGAGUCAAUCUCCGACUGGUCAUCAACCGACUCAAACUCCUUGAGAAAAAGAAAACUGAGCUUGCUCAGAAGGCCAGGAAAGAGAUUGCAGAUUACCUGUCAUCAGGUAAGGAUGAGCGGGCACGGAUCCGUGUGGAGCACAUCAUCAGAGAGGACUAUCUGGUUGAAGCCAUGGAGAUCUUAGAGCUUUACUGUGACCUGCUGUUGACUCGCUUUGGCCUCAUUCAGUCCAUGAAAGAACUAGAUCCAGGCUUACAGGAAGCAGUGUCCACUCUCAUCUGGGCAGCUCCUCGUCUGCAGUCAGAGGUGUCUGAGCUAAAAAUUGUGUCUGAACAGCUGUGUGCAAAAUAUAGCAAGGAGUACGGCAAGCUAUGCAGGACAAACCAGAUUGGCACAGUCAACGACAGGCUGAUGCACAAACUGAGUGUUGAGGCUCCUCCCAAGAUCUUGGUCGAGCGCUACUUGAUAGAGAUCGCAAAGAACUACAAUGUCCCCUAUGAACCUGACGCCAUGGUCCGGCCCGAGGUGUGUACUGGGGAGGAGGCAGACCUGAUUGAUGUCGACAAUGACAGGAAGUUUGGAGGAGGAGGUGGUGGAGGAUUCACAGCUCCUCUAGCUCCUGGAAUCCAUAUGCCUAUGCCCAUGCCUAUGGCUAUGCCAAUGCCAACAGCUUUCAACUAUCCACCUCCCAAUGGAGCUGAACCGUUUCAUGCACCCGUUGGAACCUACAACAGCUUCCAGCCCCCCAUGGGAGGAGGGCAGCCACCUCAGUUGCCCACUUCUCCCCCUACAUAUGAGUCUAUUGACGACCUAACUGAAAAACCUUCUGUUCCUUCCCAGGGCGUAGGUCCCGCUCCUUCGGCUCAGAUUUAUGACAACAACGCUCUUCCAGAACUCCCAUCUGUUCCUGACACACUCCCAACAUCCUCCUUGGGCAGAAGCAACACCACCUCGGAUGACAUUGACUUUGAUGAUUUGACACGGCGCUUUGAGGAGCUGAAGAAGAAGACCUAAAUACUUUAACCUGAUAUACAUAAACAGGCCUGUGUCACCUACACAGCUCAGAACAGGAAAUAGGAAUUGUUCAAGGCUCUGAAUCAGAUUUGGGUAGCUCUCCUCCCUCUUUCUUGGUGAAGUAAUUUUACACAAAUAUUAAACAUACAUGUAAUCUAUUACCUCAUUUAUAUAGCUGUGACCAGCUAAUGAGAGAGAGUACUUUUUAGCGCCACAUGUUUUCAUUUCUUCUAUUUGGCACGUUGGAUAAAAUCUUAAACAAUCAUGCGGGUAUUCACCCCUUCUCGCUCCUUAUUUAAAAUCGCACUGAAGUUUAACCUUUUCCAUUUGUCUGUGUGGUAAUUAAUAUGUUCACAUUUAGAUCUUAAGUGUUGAUUUUUCUGAAGGUUUUGGGUUUGAUUGAUAUUUAUAGUACAUGCCUUUAUUCUACUUUGGACACACUGUCGCUGUGAUCUUUGCCACUGUGUCGUUCAGUCCCGUCUCAGACCAGUUUGACAGGUAUAGCGGGCUGCGCCACCUCUGUGGCGAACAAGCUUUUACGCAUUAAAAUCACCAUUUAGUUUCCAAAGUGAGGCUCCAACAGUCAGUGAGGUUUUUCUCAGCUGUACCGGGACACAUAGAAGCCAUAUUUUCAGUGUGUUACGCAGUUUUUCUCACUGUGGGAUUGUUAAAUACUCAUUAUUACCGAGCUUCUCAAACUUCAAGGUGUAUUUGUAUCAGAAAAAUAGUAUGGUUUCAAACCUUUUCCGUUUGAGGGCGAUGGGACACAGAUGUAAAAUGACAACAUGUAUGGAAAUCUGUAAUUUAAUACACUUACAGCAAUAUAGGUAGACUUAUGUACAUGAAUGAUUUAACUGUAUAGGAAAAGGAGUUUGGCAACCGGGAGUUGUUCAAUAUUUGACAAAUCUGUUUUAUAUACACUAUCUCCAAAUAAAGUUUUCUUUUUGCCCUUUUGAA